AUGUUUUACAUCACUGCAAAAAAAAGUUUUGCUUUAUUCUUAAAGCAAAUAGUGUUUAUGUUUAUAAUGCAAUAUAGUCUUAUCUCAUUCUGAAUAUAAACAUUCCUGCAAUACAGUAGUAAGUCAACUUACUACAUUAUUGCACAUACAUUUUAUUGAUCUUCAUGGUAUUUGUUCCUGCAAUACAGUCUCAGUCAACACAAUGUGAUGUCAUAAUGUUGUCAUAAUGUUGAUGACAUCAUCAGUUUAUCUUGGAAAAUGGUUUAAAUAGUAUUUUACAACAUCUUGAGUUAUUUUCAAACUCGUACAUCUCAUAUAAUAUCUACAAGAUCAAAUGUUUGAUGCACCUUUUUAAAACCAUGCCAAAGGUAAGAUUAUUAAUUUAUUAUGUUGUUGUUUCUUUAAUUUAAGCAUUCCAUUUAAUACUUUUAUAUAAUAUUAUGAGAUUAAAGCAUUACAAAAUCUGAAAUUAUUCAUUGUGCAGGUAAAAAAGCAUUGGUUCUUUUGCACUUAUAAAAAUAUUAAUUGGUCAAACAGGUGUAAUUGAUAAUUAUGGUGUCGCCCAAGAAGUCACGGGUUCGAUCACUACUUAAAGAGCAUUCUUUAGUUCUCAGAAAAUUAUGUAUAAAUUUAGCCAAGCAUUGUUUUAUCUUUUGCAGUGCAUCUGCAAGUAUAUAAAUUUUGUUCAAACAAAGCAGAACAAUUAAUGAAGUUCUACAAUGAAAUUAGUUUACUACAUGUAUUCAGAAUCGUGGCGAUUACAACAGCCUGUAUUCUGUAGAAUUUUUAACUUACCGUGGCCAGGUUGGUUUUAAUAUAACAGCAUAAAAAUAAAUAAGAAAGAGACCUUCCAAUAUGAUGGUGGUACAAGCCAGUUACAGUCAAGGGCAUUUGAAGUUUGGUGGAAAUGGUCGACAGUGCAUAGCAAAUGCCAUAUGCGCUGCGCAAAAGUGUUCACAGUCAAAUCCAUCUGAAUGGGACACCUCAGCACUUGACUCUAUUUUAAAAGAAGGUGACAUUAUGUAUCAAUCAAUUGCUUUGAAAAAGCAAUACUUGUGUAUUGAAGACAUUCCAAAGUCUGUUUGUAGACUUGAAAAUAUUGUUUAUGGAUCUUUGUCUAUUGGUGCUGAUAAUGACUCAACAUUUGUUAGUUUAGAAGAUGCUAUUGGUAAGUGUAUUGGUACAGCAGAAACUGCGGGUUGCAUGUUUACUAUGGGGGAUUUAGAACCAUGCUAUUCAAGUGCCUUAAUGAAGCAUUCUAAUACAUAUUUCUUUUUUGACCCUCACAGUCGAAAUGAGUGUGGUAUGCUCAGCUCAGAUGGCAAAGCUACCUUAACCUCACAUUCUAAUGUCUCCUCCCUUUGCUUGUUUAUAAGACAUCUAGCUGCUUCCCUUAAACUUCCUUCAUCAGUUCCAUUUGAACUAUCAAUGGUAAACAAUGAAAACACAGCACAUUCUGAUUCAGAUAGUGAGUUUUCAGGGUUUGAUCCUGUAAGUGACAGUGAAUACACAAAGCGUGUUGCAAACUCAGUUGUUGAAAGCUCUAGUGUUAGCACAUGCUCAAGUGUUUCAUCUAUAUCUGACUUUGAUUGCAGUAAUGCAGGGUCUGAUUUUGAUCACAUGAUUAUGGAAACAAUAGUUGGGUUAGAUGAUAGUGCCACCUUUUUGCAAUCAAUUGAUUUAUCUACCUUUUCUGAAGAAAGAGCACACAAAAGCCAUUCAAGCAAACAUGAUGUUGACUCAUCACUUAAUGAAAAGGUUUUAAGUGAUGUACCCAUAAGUAAAAGACAGAUUGACAAGAAUAUAAAUGACCAUUGCAUUUAUAGCAAAUUUUAUGAAAAUGUUGAAGGUGAGGAUUUUGAUUGUGAAGAUGAUGAUUCAAAAGAUCCAGACUAUGUGCCUGAUGGUGAUGAUGAUUAUCAUCAAGAUGAUCAUAAUGAUGGUGAUGAUGAAAUUGUGCAGGUUAACAAUAAUGUUAUACGUACAGAUGAUGGUUUGUCAGACAAUGAUGAAGACAAUAUUCCUUUGAGUAAACUAAGAGAUGAAGACAAUAUUCCUUUGAGUAAACUAAGAGGUCAGGUGACACAAAUGGAUGUAAGUGGUUUAGUUCAGGUGACACAUACGGAUGUAAGUGGUUUAGUUCAGGUGACACAUACGGAUGUAAGUGGUUUAGCUGAGGUGACACAAACGGAUGUAAAUGGUUUAGCUCAGGUGACACAUACAGAUGUAAGUGGUUUAGCUCAGGUGACACAAAUGGAUGUAAGUGGUUUAGUUCAGGUGACACAAACAGAUGUAAGUGGUUUAGCUCAGGUGACACAAACAGAUGUAAGUGGUUUAGCUCAGGUGACACAAAUGGAUGUAAGUGGUUUAGUUCAGGUGACACAAACAGAUGUAAGUGGUUUAGCUCAGGUGACACAUACGGAUGUAAGUGGUUUAGCUCAGGUGACACAAAUGGAUGUAAGUGGUUUAGCUCAGGUGACACAAACAGAUGUAAGUGGUUUAGCUCAGGUGACACAUACGGAUGAAAGUGGUUUAGCUCAGGUGACACAAAUGGAUGUAAGUGGUUUAGUUCAGGUGACACAAACGGAUGUAAGUGGUUUAGCUCAAGUGACACAAACAGAUGUAAGUGGUUUAGCUCAGGUGACACAAACGGAUGUAAGAGGUUUAACCAGACCAGUAAAUGGAAGAGGGAGAAAAAGGCUUAGAAACGAACAUCAGUGGAAAAGGACAGUGGCCAAAAGAUCAAGGGUUCAAGGUAAGACCUAUAUUUCUUUGAUGACAGGGAAGCAGCAAUUAGCCCGUCUUAUUCGUCCAGGCUGUGGCCACUCGUGCCGAUAUAAAUGCCACAAAAAGUUUUCACUAAAUGACCGCGAGAGCAUUUUUCAUUCGUUCUGGCAAUUGGGCGAAGUCUCAAAACAAUGGCAGUAUGUUGGAACAUAUGCUAAACAAAAACCUAAGCAAGUUCAAAAAAGCUCAGGGGGUAAUAGAAAGGUUUCUAUUCAAUGGAGUCUCCCGAAGCAAGGCACUGGACCAGAAAAGGUAUGUAAAACCUUCUUCCUUCAUACACUUGACAUUUCAGAGACUGUUAUUAAAACAGCUCACCGAAAACUGGGGAUGUUGGGUGUCAGUGAAAAAGACAUGCGAGGUAAGCAUAGAAACAGACCAAACACUGUGUCGUGUGAUGCGAAGGAUCGAGUGAGGCAACAUAUAGAAUCUUUCCAAUGUGUCGAUAGCCAUUAUUGUAGGAAAGACACAAGUAAAAGGUACUUGCCAGCACAGUUAAAUGUAAAAAAAAUGUAUCAGUUGUAUAAAGAGCAAUGCCAACAAGAAGAUUUAUCACCUGUACAUAUUUCGAUGUACAGAAAAAUAUUUGACUGUGAGUACAACCUUUCUUUUCAUAAACCUAUAAAGGAUAGAUGUGACUUCUGUGUUUCUGUUGAAAAUGCUGGUCCAGAUGUCAAACAAGCCCAACAAGGUGAAUAUAACAGGCACAUCAACAAUAAAAUAAAAUCCCGACAGAGCAAAGCUGAUGAUAAAGAAAAGGCCAAAACUGAUCAUGAUAUAUGUGUAGCAUGUUUUGAUCUUGAACAGGUCCUGCUCACACCUCACAGUAAUGAAUCAUGUUUAUAUUAUAAAAGAAAACUGUCAUCAUUCAAUUUUACAAUAUAUGACCUAUGCACUAAGGAUGGCUAUUGCUAUAUAUGGAACGAAGUCAUUUCUGGCCGUGGGGCAUGUGAGAUUGCGUCUUGUGUGCUGGAUUUUAUCAAGGCUAAACGAAAAAAAGGUAUUAAGCACUUUAUAUUCUACUCUGAUAAUUGCUCAUCCCAAAACAAAAAUAAAUACUACAUAACUAUGCUUUGGCAUUCCCUUCAAAGUCUUGGUAUCAGCACCAUACAACACAAAUACCUUAUCAAAGGUCAUACUCAAAAUGAGGCUAAUAGCAUACAUGCCUGUGUCGAGGCAGCAUCAAGAAAGAUUUCAAUAUACACAACUGCUCAGUGGUCAGCUGUUGUUCGAACAGCUAGGAGAGAACAACCAUACAUUGUUAAAGAGAUGGGCCCCACUGAUUUCUUUGACUUUAAGGCAAUAUCGGUACAAUUGAAAAAUUUUCACCUCAAUGAAAACAAUGAGAAAGUGGACUGGCAUUCUAUCCAGUUAUUGAAAUUAAACAGUGAAUCCCCAAACAAGUUUGACUACCAAACUGAUUAUGAUGGUCUAGUCAAAUCUGUAGAUUUGUUCAAGCGUCUACGCUCAUCAUGUGGGGAUGUUCCAACUCCUUGCCAAAUAAUGCUCUCUGUUCUUCACACUGAGUUGAUACCACUUGGUAGGGACAAGUAUGUUGACCUUGUUCACUUAUGUUCAAAGGGAAUCAUUCCACGGGUACACCACCCCUUUUAUCUAUUGUUACCCCACCAGUAACUCCAAUUGGUCAUAUUUAAGCAUGGCAAUAUUAUGCAGAAUGUAACAUUUAUAACUCCAUUUUAAUGUUAUUUAAUUAUUAACUGAUGUAGUUCUUAGAGAUUCUGUAAGAACUAUCUCUAUUUUUUACUAUGUCAGACAUGCCUGAUCAAGUUAAACAAUAAUUAAGAAAUAACAAUAAAACAAAUUUCUGAACAAUGUUUAAAGUAUUAUUCAAAUUAGAAUAAUAAUGUCUAAAGUAUGUAGCAUUUAUAUACUGAGACAUUGUUCUUGUCCAUAAACAACUUAACAGCAAGUAUAGUUGACAGGUCUGUAGAUACAAAUCAACAUCACUUAUGCAAAUUCAUUAUUGUAUUCUAGUUUAUUGGUGUGCAUUAGGACAUACUGGAUCAGGUGAAUAAUAAUUAGUAUUAUUCAUACAUUAACGUCAGUAUCAUUUUUUAACAUUAACAAAAAAUGAAAAAUUUAUAUUAUAAUAUUAUACAUAACGAUUUGCCUGCUGUCAGUUACUUCAUUGUUAUUUUAUCAGUUUAAGUUCUAUCUAAUGUGUGCACUGAAAUAUUGAAAUUACUGGAAACUUGUGAUUUUAUAAUACAAAAUGAAACAAAUCAUGAAAUAUUUAAGAAAUGUGAUGUUUUUGCCUAUUUAUAAAGAUAAUAAUGUUAAUGAUAAUCAUUUUGCAGUAUUUUCCAUGUUUAUCUACUCUUUGAUCAGCGAAUUUGUAUAAAAAUAUUGACAAUACCAUUAAACUUUGUUCAAUUUAUCACACCAAAUGCCAAUUAUAUGCAAAUAUGCACAUUUUUAGUGUAACAUGUGUUGAAAAAGUAAAAAAAUAAAAAAAGUUCACU